AUGGAGGGACUACAGCAUUACAUCAACCCAGCACAUGCCAUCUCUCUCCUGAGCUCGCUCAACGAGGAGCGCCUCAAAGGACAGUUGUGUGAUGUGCUUCUGAUUGUUGGAGACCAGAAAUUUCGAGCUCACAAAAAUGUCUUGGCUGCUAGCAGUGAAUAUUUUCAUAGUUUAUUCACAAAUAAGGAGAAUGAAUUGCAAACUGUAUUCCAGCUUGACUUUUGUGAACCAGAUGCUUUUGAUAACGUUUUGAACUACAUUUAUUCCUCAUCUUUGUUUGUCGAGAAAGGCAGCCUUGCUGCUGUGCAGGAACUAGGCUAUAGUCUUGGGAUUUCCUUUCUGACCAACAUCGUUUCCAAAACACCUCAAGGACCCUUUCCAAUGUGUCCCAACAGAAAAAGAAUAUUCGUAGAGCAUGAUGAAAACAGUUCUCAAAAGAGAAGUGUCAUUGUCUGUCAAAGCAGGAACGAGGCACAAGGGAAAGCCGUUAGUCAAACUCCACCCGACAUAAGCCAUACUCCCCAGCCCUCCCCAAACGUCGCCGUCAAGGCCAAUGCCGGUAAGCCACAGGUUUCCAAACCAGUCGAGCCACUUCACGAUAUGUCAUUGACUGAAAAGAGUUGGCCAAAAGAUGGUUCUGGGGGAUACACCAAGUCUCUUGAGUGUGCUGGAUCUUUGGAGGAUGCUAACAGAAGCAGCCUGGCGAAAAGGAACGCAGCCCUGUCUCCCGCCCCUCUGCAAGACAGAGAGGCCGUGGACGACAAACCAGGCGGAGGCAGUCAGCUGCCCAAAGGAAAAGCUAUAGAGCUGGCUCUGAAAAGGCCCCGGCCGCCUGUCCUGUCUCUUCGAAGCUCAUCAGAGACUCCCUAUCUAUUGAAAGAAACCAGCAGAGGAAAUGGCCCGGGCGAGGACAGAAACUUGUUGUACUAUUCCAAGUUGGGCUUGGUGAUCCCGUCCAGUGGGCCUGCUUCUGCAAACCAAACCAUUGACAGAAGCGGCCCGCUUGUGAAGAGUCUCCUGCGGCGGUCACUGUCGAUGGACAGCCAGGUUCCCGUCUACUCGCCCUCAAUAGAUUUGAAAUCUUCCCAGGGGUCGUCGGCAGCGCCAGGCGAUGCACCGGGGAAUGUGUUUUGCGCUUUACCUCAAAAGUCAUCUUUAAAAGAGGGGAGUGAAAAGCCAAGCCCGGAUGAUGGGACUCCUGCUGCCCAGCCCCACCGCCUCCGGUCCUUCAGUGCUUCUCAGCCCACAGAGAGGGAGGGCGCAGCCCCCGCUGCUGAGGUUCGAGUCAAGACGGAGCCCCGGAGCCCAUCCGCGGAUCCCUCUGACAUCAUUCGGAUCACUGUGGGAGAUGCCGCCGCCGCCGCCGCCGCGGCAUCCGGCUCGAGAGACCCUCCUCUGAAAGCAGAAGACGACCAGAAAGACAUGAGCCGACUCCCGGCGAAAAGGAGGUUCCAGGCGGACCGAAGGCUGCCCUUGAAGAAGUUAAAGGUGGACGAGCACGGCUCCCUGGUGUCAGAAGAUAACCUCGAGGAAGGCUCAAGCCCCACGCUCAAAGCAGACUUCCCAGAUUCGGACUUGAGCAAAGAUGAAUUUGGUGAGUUGGAGGGAACAAGACCAAACAAAAAAUUUAAAUGCAAACAUUGCCUUAAGAUCUUUAGAUCAACAGCAGGUCUUCACCGGCACAUUAACAUGUACCACAACCCAGAAAAGCCCUACGCCUGUGACAUCUGUCACAAGCGGUUUCACACAAACUUCAAGGUGUGGACCCACUGUCAGACCCAGCACGGCAUAGUGAAGAACCCGUCACCGGCCUCUAGUUCACAUGCCGUCCUGGACGAAAAGUUCCAAAGAAAGCUGAUUGACAUAGUGAGGGAGAGGGAGAUUAAGAAGGCCCUGAUCAUUAAGUUGAGGCGCAGCAAGCCCGGUUUUCAGGGGCAGAGUAGUUCCCCAGCUCAAGUCAUCAAGAGGAACUUGAGGUCGCGAGCCAAAGGCGUGUACAUGUGUACUUACUGUGGAAAGGCCUAUCGCUUUCUCUCUCAGUUCAAACAGCACAUAAAGAUGCACCCCGGAGAGAAGCCUCUCGGAGGACACAAGGUCGCUAAGCCGAAAGCUCUGGCUCCUGACGGUCCGGUAGCGAGCAAGGAGGUUUUCCAGUGCCGCCUCUGUAACGCUAAGCUCUCUUCUCUCCUAGAGCAAGGCAGCCACGAGCGACUGUGCCGGAACGCCACCGUGUGCCCCUACUGCAGCCUUAGGUUCUUUUCGCCCGAGCUCAAGCACGAGCACGAGAGCAAGUGUGAGUACAAGAAGCUGACGUGCCUCGAGUGCAUGCGCACCUUCAAGUCCUCCUUCAGCAUCUGGCGGCACCAGGUGGAAGUGCACAAUCAGAACACCAUGGCCCCCGCCGAAAACUUCUCCUUGCCCGUCCAGGACCACAACGGGGAAGUCAGCAGCUCCUCCAAGCCCCAGGCCCAGGCCGAGCCUCAGAAAGCAAACCACGUGGUCACCCCGAAAGACGACAACGCGUUCAGCGACUGCUCAGAGCAGGUCAACUUCGACUCGGAAGACUCCUCCUGUCUUCCCGAAGACCUCAGCGUUUCGAAGCAGCUGAAGAUCCACGUCAAAGAGGAGCCCGCGGAGGAAGCCGAGGAGGUGGCGCCCGAGGCCAGCACCGCUCCCAAAGAAGCAGCUUCCGGCCAGGACCCGGGCCUGUGGCCCUGUGAGAAGUGCGGCAAGACGUUCACCUCGCACAGGCAGCUGGAGCGGCACCAGGAGCUCCUGUGUUCCGUGAAGCCGUUCAUCUGCCACGUCUGCAACAAAGCUUUCCGCACCAAUUUCCGGCUCUGGAGUCACUUCCAGUCCCACAUGUCUCAGGCCACAGAGGACUCGGCGCAUAAAGAAUCUGAAGCGUGCCCAGCUCCCACAAACUCUCCGUCGCCGCCACCUCUGCCCCCACCGCCGCCGCUGCCCAAGAUCCAGCCCCUGGAGCCCGACAGUCCGACGGGGCUGUCUGAAAACGCAGCCCCGGUCACGGAGAAACUGUUUGUGCCCCAAGAAUCAGACACACUUUUUUACCAUGCCCCUCCCCUCUCAGCGAUCACAUUCAAACGCCAGUUUAUGUGUAAACUCUGCCAUAGGACAUUCAAGACCGCCUUUAGUCUUUGGAGUCACGAACAAACCCAUAAUUAA